AUGAUUAGAUCUAAUAGGUUGCAUGCACCCUUACGUGUGUCAUAUCCUUACCAAGAAGAAGACAAAGUGGUACCGGACACACUUGAGGAAGAGAGAAAUUAUGAUCCGACAAUUCCCCUACCAUCUAUCCCAGUAUCAACUGAUGUUGAGUUGUUUGAAGACGAAGAAGAGACCAUCAAGGAGGAGGAGCAACAUGAAAAGGAGUUCAGUGGAGUACCUAUAGUUAGUUCACCCUACUCGGAUUCAUCUUCCCACCAGGAUCGUGAGGAGACUCACGAGGAGGACCCUAUUAAUUCGGAGUCAUCUCCAGUGAUUGUUGCUCCACUUCCCCCGUCUUCAAGCCAAUCUAUUAGUAUUCAUGCUUUGGGACUCAGGACUAUAACUACCCCUAGAAAGUUUGUUCCCAUUCCAACCUACAAGAGAGCAACUUCACUGCCCUCAUCAUCGAGAUUAUAA